AUGUCGGGUCAUCAGAAAAGCAAACAAAAACACCCUAAGGAUUCCAUUGCAGACCAAGCAUGCACUCGCUGCCGUGAGCGCAAGAUUCGUUGUGGCCGUGAGCUCCCUCAAUGCAAUAAUUGUGAGCGGGACGAUAGCGUGACAUGCGUUUAUCAGAAUCCCACCAAGAGAGUGAACCACCUAAAGUCGCUAUUUGACAGUGUCAAUGGGGUCAAGGAGCGCCUGGUUAAUAUAGAAUCGCAUCUUGGCCGUCUAACCGUCCACAUCGCACAGAACAUGGACCAGGACAAUUCUUGCUCUACCUCAUCGACCCGACAAGCCUCCAUGGGCGGAAGUUUUGAUGAAGAAGAUGAUGAAAAUCCUUCGCCGUACAGCUAUGACUGUACCGACUUGCACGUCUUCCACAACCAGGUGGACAUGGUCGAUUAUUAUCACGGACCAAUGUCGCUAUUCGUCCUCUGCAAGCAAUUUAGAUCUUGUGCUCUCUCUGUAAGCAAUGCUGAAUGUGGUGCUCCUUUACCUUUACAAGAUAUGUUGCAGAAUUUAUGUGAGAAAGCCGGCGUGCUUGAACCUUUCCCACCCUUUGGUGACCAGCCCGUCAUCAAUCUCCCGCCCAAGCAACAGGCCGCUACCAUUAUUGGCCAUUUCUUCCAGCAUGUUGACCGUGUGACCGAUAUUUUCGUAAAGAGUAAUCUCCUUGCCCACGUCGAACGUAUAUACUUGCAAUCAACAGAGCCUAGGGACGAUGUAUGGGCCAUCUGUUUACAGGCCAUUACUGUGCUUGUUUGGGGCAUGGAAAUCUCUGCCCAAGCAGGGAACGGCCUAUUUGGCGACUUUGCACGUUCAUUCCUUCCAAGUCGUGCUGCGCUGGUCAGCUCCCGUUUACUGACCACGCCCAGACUCAUCAACGUGCAGACUUUGAUAAUUCUAAGCGUCGUAGCACAACAAUUUGACCCUCCUGGAUGGGCUGGGUUUAUCUUCACCCACGCUUGUGGGCUUGCAAGAACCAUGGGACUCCACCAAACACAACUCUUCCCCCACGAAACCAGUGCAUAUGAGACAUUAGAGAGGGCAAAAGUCGUACAGUCGUUGUACGUCCGGGACAAGAGCUUGUGCACUACUCGAGGUUCUGUGUCCUGGAUGCCGACUCACGACUGCAACAUUGCUCCCCAACUAAACGCCGCCAUCGAGCGGCAGGUGCCCUAUUCUGACACACUGCAACUGGCAAUGAUCCAGGAUGAUAUUUACCGCUUGACGCAUACUGCCUCGUUUCGGACAAGUGGACCUAGUAAGUCACAAACUGCCAAGGCAUUGCGAUCCAUCGAGCACCAACUGGACCAGUAUACACGAACCUUCGGUAUUUUAAACUGCCAGGCUUCCUCUUAUAAUUCCCGUCGUGCUAUGUUGACGUUGGAGUUCCUGACCACCCGUAUUCUUGCGCUACAGCACGGGUCCGAGCAACGACAUGCCGAACAAGUACGUUCCGAUGCAAGGGCCAGCUGCCUCCUAUUGCUGAUAGCACACGGGGUUCAAGACCGUCAAGUCAUCGAUACUUUCAACGCUUUGACUUGUCAGGGGACCGUCCCUUCUGAUCGGGACGAGAACUUGUCCGCCAUCGAAGUAAGCACAAUCUCUUUCGCCAGUAUACUCGACGCCUUCUCGUUACCAGCAUUCUUUAUACUACUCGAAGACCUUCUCCGGCCCUCAGAGAAUGACAACGGCUAUAAUGCUGGUCUUGACCUGCUGCGGAGAGUGUCUACUUGCUACAUCAAUAGCACAGAGCGGAUGCAAUCUAACAGCUACCAUCGCAAGGUAGCGUGGACCUUCGAGCAGCUGCUUACAAUUAGUGAUCUGAUCAGAAACCCCGAACAGCAUCAGCCGGCAUCUGUUUCUCCAACAACAUCCACGUCUCAGAUGAUGUUUUCUCUCAAUACUCAGACAGACGAUUUCUUCCACAUGUCCCCCUCACGCCCAAUAGGAGACGGAUCAAGUUUCUCUUUCUCGCCACAACAGACGACGAGAAAGCCUUUCUCUUGGGAUAUCAGGCCAUCGGUCCCACCUUCAUUAGGACUAUAUACUCCCUUUGGUUCGGCAAAUUCGGCGGAUACUUCAGAGACUGGAAUAUCAGAUAUGCUCGAUCAGCUGAGACAAGGCGACCCCAACGGCAGCCCAGAGCGGUCUAUGUUAUGGUCUGAAAUCGCCCCUGAGCCUCCCACAACCAGGAAGCGUUUGCGGCCUAAUGAAGAGUCAGAUAUUCCCACAGAGAAGAAUGGGGCAAGUUUAUAUGAAUUUUAA